AUGACCGUUCCUGUGCUCCCCUCAGGUCCCUCUACCAGCGUGCUCACAGACAACAUCACUGGGGCAAAUCACAACUUCAAGCGUAUCCAAGUUGUGCCCUCCAGUACAGACUUUCUCGAUAUUGUGCUCAGUAAAACGCAGCGCAAAACACCCACCGUCGUGCACAAGGGCUAUCAAAUCUCGCGCAUUCGCUCCUUCUACAUGCGCAAGGUCAAAUACACACAAAGCACAUUUGAAGAGCGGCUUCAGCAAAUCACAACCGAAUUUCCGAAAAUCGAAGAGGUGCAUCCAUUCUACGGCGACCUGAUGAAUGUGCUCUACGACCGCGACCAUUAUAAGCUGGCGCUGGGCCAAGUAGCUACGGCGCGGCAUUUGGUGGAGCAAAUUAGCAAAGAAUAUCUAAAGCUGCUCAAGUUUGGCGAUUCACUUUACCGUUGCAAGCUGCCGUCCAUCGAUCCGGCAUCACGCACGCUACUUAUCUGCGGCUUCCCAAACGUGGGCAAGAGCUCAUUCAUGAACAAGGUCUCACGGGCAAUGGUCGACGUGCAACCAUAUGCCUUUACAACCAAAUCCCUUUUCGUGGGUCACUUUGACUACGAAUAUGCGCGGUGGCAGGUCAUCGACACACCAGGGAUUCUAGAUCACGCACUUGACGAGCGUAAUACGAUCGAGAUGCAGUCCAUCACGGCAUUGGCACACAUCAGAGCGACGGUGCUCUUUUUUAUGGAUCUCUCUGAACGCUGUGGUUAUACGAUAGAACAGCAGCUGUCCCUGUUUAAGUCUCUGCAACCGCUCUUCCGAAGCAGGCCCGUCGUAUUGGUGGUCAGUAAGUGCGAUUUGGUCCGCGUAAGUGACCUCUCACCAGAAGUGGCUGCACAAUUAAAAGCAGCCACAGGCAGUGUGCCCAUUGUAGAAUGUUCACAAAUGACCUCUGAAGGCGUUAUGGCUGUACGCAAUGUCGCCUGUGAUUUGUUGCUGGCCCAACGCAAUGUUCAGGGCGCAGAAGGCGGCAUCACAUCAAGUGCAAAUGGAAUUCUGGCACGCUUGCAUGUGGCCAAACCAGUUGCACGAGAUAAUAUCAAUCGGCCGCCAUUGCUGCCACAAGGCAUUGUGGUGCCUUCUACAGAACCUCUUUUACGCGAGAUAGAGCUAGCAAAUGGCGGCCCAGGAAUCUUUUCCUAUCCAGCGUCUAUGCACCAUCUGAAGGCAGACUGGAAAGAAAGACCGAUUCCAGAAAUUCUCAACGGCAAGAACAUUGCAGAUUUCAUUGAUGCAGACAUUGAAGCGCAACUGGAAGCUUUAGAGGCAGAGGAAGAACAGCACGAAAUGAUGACCGCAGACGAUCGCUCUGCACGUGUCGAGCGGCGCAACAGAGUGCAUGCUAUUCGUGCUGUGCGAAGACACGAAACUGAACGGCGUACACUGACCCGUCUUGAUUCGCGCUCACGAAAAUCCAAUGCCAAUCGUCCUAGACCACGAACGCGUAUCUCUGCACUGGGAACGGAGGCUUCUGCCAUUGAGCGUCCAAUUAGUGCUAAAAGAUCGGCAUCUAUUUCAAGCAGCAGGUCAUUGAGUAUGCAUCCGAUGUCGGAACGCUCACGCUCUCGUGUACAAGGCCGCGAAAUGAAGGGCCACAGCACAGAAAAGGGCCAUGCUACGUCAUCAUCGCUCGUGUCUCUCUCACAGCGCCAUCGCAACCGCAUGGGUCGUGCCGGUGAUGCUGAUCGCCAUGUCACGGCCUCAAUACCCAAGCACUUGUUCGCAGGAAAGCGGCGCAAUGGCACUCACGAUCGCCGUUAA